GGUGGGCCGAGCGGGAGCUGUGGAGGAAGCGUACGCGGUAACGUGGUUCUCUGGUAGCUUGCUAAUCGUUUCUACAGGGGGAGAAAAGUUGCUUGAGAGCCACCGAAAAGAUGUCAGGAGACGACGACCAGCAAGAGCAGACCAUCGCUGAUGACUUGGUUGUCACCAAGUAUAAAAUGGCAGCUGACAUUGCCAACCAGGCCUUGCGGGUCGUUGUGGAGGCGGCAAAAGCUGGUGCGUCCGUGCUCGCUCUGUGUGAAAAGGGUGAUGCCUUCGUCCUGACAGAGACGAGCAAGGUGUUCAAGAGGGAGAAAGAGAUAAAGAAAGGAAUUGCCUUUCCUACUUGUGUCUCGGUCAAUAACUGUGUGUGUCACUUAUCUCCUCUGAAGAGUGACCCUGACUACACGUUAAAAGAUGGAGACCUGGUUAAAAUUGAUCUGGGAGUGCACGUGGAUGGAUUUAUCUCUAACGUUGCUCACAGCUUUGUGGUUGGCGCGACCAAGGAUGCCCCGGUGACUGGCCGAAAGGCUGAUGUGAUCAAGGCAGCUCAUCUUUGUGCUGAGGCCGCUCUGCGUCUUGUCAAGCCUGGGAACCAGAACACGCAGGUCACUGAGGCUUGGAAUAAGAUUGCCCAGUCAUUCAAAUGCACGCCCAUUGAGGGCAUGUUGUCCCAUCAGCUAAAGCAGCAUGUCAUUGACGGAGAGAAGACCAUCAUUCAGAACCCCACAGACCAGCAAAAGAAGGACCAUGAGAAGGCAGAGUUUGAGGUGCAUGAAGUCUACGCUGUGGACGUGCUUAUCAGCACGGGAGAGGGGAAGGCAAAAGACUCCGGACAGAGGACCACCAUCUACAAGAGAGACCCCAGCAAGCAGUACGGCCUGAAGAUGAAGACUUCCAGAGUGUUCUUCAGCGAGGUGGAGAGGCGCUUUGACACCAUGCCCUUCACUCUCAGGGCAUUCGAGGAUGAGGGCAAGGCUCGUCUGGGCGUGGUAGAGUGUGCGAAACACGAACUGCUGCAGCCUUUUAAUGUCCUGCAUGAGAAAGAGGGGGAGUAUGUGGCUCAGUUCAAAUUCACUGUGCUCCUCAUGGCCAACGGGCCCCUCAGAAUCACCAACGGGCUGUUUGAUCCAGAUCUCUACAAGUCUGAGCACGAAGUCCAGGAUCCUGAGCUUAAGACCUUGCUGCAAAGCUCAGCAAGCCGUAAGGCUCAGAAGAAGAAAAAAAAGAAGGCUUCCAAGACUGCCGAGAACGCCACGGGCCAACCGACGGAGGGUGAGAACGAGGCCGCUGAGUAGUUGCCUUCUGCCACCACCACUGACGACGCCGCUGAUAGACCGAGCCUCCGGACAGCCCAAAGAACAGUUCCCCGUUUAAGCUCUUUACAACC